CCCUCUCCUCUCUCCCUCUCCCUCUCUCGGCUCCUCCGCUGAAGUUGCGCUUGUCCCCGGGCUGAGCCAGACUCACUCGCAGCCAGCGCUUGCAGGCGAUGGAGACUCCUCGACAUCGCCCCUUCCAGCUGAUGCUGAACCCCAGGAACACCAAAGGGCGCCGGAAAAGACGGGAUUUGUUUUGGUGGCAGGUCUGCUGGCUGGGCGGAGUGUUGCUUGUGCUGCUGUGCAUCUCCAGCCUGGUCGAGAAGGCAGGCUACUACAUGGUGAGUUAUACUUCAGAGGUGGAUGACAAGUGGAUAGGCCGGAGACUGAUGGAACACAGCAGUGAGAACACCACAGACGCCAAGGCAACCUCACAUCAGUACAAAAACUGCACUGAACCUGCUCUUCGUGAAUUCCCAAAUGACAUCUUUACGAACAAGGAAAGAAAACAAGGAGCUAUCGCUCUCCAUCUGCUCUGUACUAUGUACAUGUUCUACGCUCUGGCAAUUGUCUGCGAUGACUACUUUGUUCCUUCAUUAGACAAGAUCUGUGAGCGUCUACACCUCAGUGAAGAUGUAGCUGGAGCUACUUUCAUGGCAGCUGGAAGCUCAGCCCCUGAGCUCUUCACCUCAAUCAUAGGGGUGUUCAUCACAAAGGGUGAUGUAGGGGUUGGAACCAUCGUGGGUUCGGCAGUGUUCAACAUUCUCUGCAUUAUUGGAGUGUGCGGACUUUUCUCAGGAUUGGUUGUGCCAUUGACGUGGUGGUCAUUGAUCAGAGAUUCCACUUACUACACAUUAUCAGUGAUGGCCCUCAUCUUGAUUAUUUAUGAUGAAAAGGUGUCUUGGUGGGAGUCUCUGGUGUUGAUAUCAAUGUAUGCAGUCUACAUCCUGAUCAUGAAGUUCAACAGCACGAUGCAAAUUUUCUUUGAAAGCAAGUGGAAGAAGACUUCUGUGAACAUGGCUAAUGGGAAUGCAAAUAAUACAGAAAUGGAUGACAACAGCAACUGUGAUGCCACGGUGGUCUUACUGAAGAAAGCCAACUUCUGCCGCAACUCCUCAGUGCUCAUGGUAGAUGAGUUGCUCUCGGCUUAUCCACACCAGCUCUCUUUCUCUGAAGCCAGCUUAAGGAUCAUGAUAACCAGUCACUUUGGACCCAAAACCAGGCUCAGCAUGGCCAGUCGCAUGCUCAUCAAUGAGAGACAAAGGCUGAUCAGCAGCAAGACUGUUUCCAACGGAGAACCCGAGGUUUCCAUUAAAAUGCCGGCAAAACACAACAUCGAGAAUGGAACAGGGCCGAGCAACUCCACCGAGAGGAAUGUCAAUGGACAGAGGAGGGAAGAGGACAGGACUGAGGCCGGCAAUGAAAGGGAGAAUGAGAACGAGAAUGAGGACAACCAGAACAAUGAAAAUGAUGAAGAGGAAGAGGAGGAGGAUGAAGGCGAAGGGCCCUAUGUGCCAUUCCACCUACCAGUGGGAAUGUGGGAUGUGAUAAAGUGGGUGAUUGCAUGGCCGCUGUGCUUCCUGAUGUACUUCACCAUUCCAAACUGUGCCAAGCCUCGUUGGGAGAAGUACUUCAUGUUCACAUUCGUCUCAGCUACCUUGUGGAUUGCAAUUUUCUCAUACAUGAUGGUGUGGAUGGUCACAAUAAUUGGGUACACACUAGGAAUUCCUGAUGUUAUAAUGGGAAUCACCUUCCUGGCAGCUGGAACAAGCGUACCAGAUUGCAUGGCCAGCCUUAUAGUUGCCCGGCAAGGCAUGGGAGAUAUGGCAGUAUCUAAUUCUAUAGGAAGCAAUGUCUUUGACAUCUUAAUGGGACUUGGCCUACCCUGGACUAUAAAAACAAUUGCGGUUAAUUACGGAUCAUAUUUAGCGUUGAACAGUCGGGGGCUUAUAUAUUCAGUGGGACUGCUGCUAGCUUCUGUCUUCGUAACAGUCGUUGGCGUUCAUUUGAACAAAUGGAAACUAGAUAAGAAGCUUGGGUGUGUGUCCCUCUUCCUCUACGCCGUUUUCUUGUGUUUCUCCAUCAUGACAGAGUUCAACGUAUUCACUUUUGUGAACCUUCCCAUGUGCCGGGAACACUGAUGUACAGUGAAGAUGACCUGGGAGCAAGCACCUUGGUAUCAGUGCAAUACAAAAACAAUACAAAGAGUUGAAGUCCCAUGGCUUAUUGUUGGCAACAUGGAACUGCUCUUACUGAGAACUUGGUACAAGACAUAUUUUUGAGAGAAAAAAAACACCUGUAUUGAUGUGAACGUAUUUUUAAUGUAUUUAUGUGGAGUCAUGAUAGAGACACACACACACACACACACACACACACACACAGACACACACACACUCGAAACUAUCUGAUUUCGUUGGCUGCUAAUUAACGUAAGGCUGGAAGAUGUACCUGCCACGUUUGUAUAUUCUCAGUUAUAUCAGAAAAAAUAUUUUGCCCUGAGACAGAAGAGUGGGAUGAUAGAGGUUUAAUGGUAAUUGCUAUUGAAGAAAAUAAGGUGUGUCUGGAAGCAAGGGAUUAUAAUGCCCUGUGAUUUUUACCUCUCACUUUCUCCCCUUUCCAUCCCCAUUCUCCAUCUCCCCUGCCCUUCUCCCAGAGAGCUUGAAUACCAAGAAUGUACAUAUCGACAAGAGUCACCUUAUCUUUAUGCUCACCAGCUGUUCCUACUGCUUAAAGGAAAGUGGAAUUGAAGCUUUGAGCCACAGCCUUCAAGCAGUCUGUGAUGUGAAAUUUGAAAUCUCUACAGUCACUGCACUGCAGUUUGUACCCAGAUACUACUGCUUCCUGAUGAGACUGAUUUUUCCGGGAGGUAUAUUUGCACGAAACUUUUAUUUUGUGUUUGGAACAGUUGCAUAGUCAAUGGUACAUGUGUGUAUAUUGAUGGUAUAAAAAUGUAUAUAUUGGGAAUUUUUUUCUUUUCGAAAAGGUAGAGUAUAUAAGAUAUUAUUAUUAUUAUCACAGUUUUACCCAGCUGCACGGUUUUAGAUUUGGAAAUAUUGAUGAAGGUACAAAUGCUGCAGCUGAAGAAGCAAAGUUGCUCUAGUUUUUGUCUGUACAGGUAGUUUUAAGAAUAAAGCAUGUUUAAUUUAUAUAUUUAUAAAAACAGCACAGGAGGCCACUUUGCAGUUUCACAGCACAUUUUUACAGGAAUAUUUGAAAGCUCCGUGCACGCCUGCAUGCUUGACACCCCUGGUCUUAGUGUAAUGUCUUCUUCAGCUUGUUUGCUACUUCCUGCAGAGAAGAAAUGACCGUGAUGAAGAAGACUGUUGUCUUUAACUGUUGCUGUAGUUAAUAAAUUUGUAGAUGACUUUGCUA